AUGAAGGAAGUUUAUUUAAGUGGAAACUCACUCUCCAGUAAGAUUCCGGAAAUAUGGAAAAAACUGGGUGGUGUUGAAAAAAUAAGAUUUUCUAAAAUGGGUUUGGUUGGUGAAAUCCAACCUUCAAUGGGGUUUUAUUUGAAAAAUCUAACUUUUCUUGGGCUUUAUAACAACAACCUUGAAGGUCUUGUUCCUGAGGAAUUUGGGUUUCUUUUGAAGUCUGCUAAUGAAAUCAACUUGGAGAAAUGGAGGGGAAGGAGUGAGGGUGAAGUGGAAGAGAGAUCUAAGGUGAUGGAAAUGGCGGAAGUGAGGAGGAGAAGGUGCGCACAAAUGAGAUUGAAUGGGAGUUGGGUUUAG